AUGAAUCCGCAUCAGAAAAACAAGGUGGAUAUCAGCACACUGUCCCCGGAUGAGCAGCGACUCUUCCGCCUGUAUGGAAAGCUGCCAACCAAGAAAGACUUGCUGCAGAACAAGCUAAAGGAGCGCAAGUACUUCGACUCCGGCGACUACGCCCUCUCCAAAGCCGGCAAAGCUUCUGACAUCGGCGUCACCUCUAUCGGCCGCGAGCAUCCGCAGCCCGAGAACAUCCCCCACAUCGCGCCUCCUGCCCACGCACACAACGGACUCCAGCAGAAUGGACAAGAGAAGGGCCAAGGUGGUGGAUCGCCUGUUAAGGAACACAGCUUCCUGCACCGCGAGACGAGCCUGAAUCGGGAAACUACCGCUGAGGAUCUGGAUAAAGAGGAGGAGGAGCAGCAGGAGGGAAGCAAUAAGGCAUAG